CUGGGCCUCGAUUUGCUUUGAGCGUUGCUUGCGUUGGACUUGUCCCACACGUGAUGCCUAUGGGAUUCUUCUUCUGAGAAUUAGAGUGCGUGCACCUCUUUUCAUGUUGAAGACCCUGGUGCUGAGGCGUGGAAUUCCGAAUUGUGGAGAUCGUUUGCCUUGAAAUUGUGGCGUCGGCGAGUAGUUUGGUUUGGGUUUCAGGACUCUCAGCCAUGGCCUGUUGCGUGCUCCAUCCCCGGGCGCCGAAGCAUUGGGUCACUCCUAUGUGCUCCCUCGACCCUGUCAAAGGCAACCAAACUACAAGGGGGAAGUUUAUGUUUAUUGGUCGACCUCUUUGUAUGGCCUCUACCCGGCCAGCUCGGACCGCUAGCUUUCGAGCUUCCAUUGUGUCUGCUGAGGAAGGAGAUGCACCAGGGGCGGCUUCCACUUCUUCAUCAUCAAUGGAUCAAAUAUCUGACCCUCUACAGUGUCUUCCAGGGGCACAGAUGGGGCACUCGAUUCAAGGUUCUGAUGUAAAGCUUCUGUAUGGAGAAUACAUGGAUCACUUCUGGGCAAAACUUAGAGGAAAUGUGCCAGGGCUGCGAAUUAUGGAUUUGUUACCUGAGUAUCAAGUUCAGGAGGCAAGCAAAGCAAGGGUACACAACUGGUUGUUGUGCGGAGACAGGGUGCGGAGGGUUCGAUUUACUUACUUUGAUGGGGGUGCCGCUGGGCAAGCAUUCAACAGCCUCCUAUACCCUGAUCCUAGGUACGAUUUACCUCUGCUAGGGAUUGAUCUGCUAUCGUUUGGUAGCAACAAAAUUCUCUGUGUUGUUGAUUUUCAACCUUUAGUUCAAGACCCGGAGUAUCUAGAGCGUCACACCAGCGUACUUUCACCAAUUUAUGAAAAGAUUCGCGACAAGUGUGGUCAUAUGUCGAGCAAGUUCUUCGAUGAAACUCAAUUCUUCUCAAAGUACUUGAUCUUCUAUCGAUCUAGCCUUGGUGCCAAAGAGCCUACCUUGCAGGUACCCACUGGUAAGCUUUGGGAGGUUUAUCUGGAGUACGUGGAUGUCUAUCUCAAGGCUCUAAGUGAAGCUCAAAGCAAUGAGAAUCCCGAUGCCAUUGCGUAUGUCAAAUCACGGCAGGACGCUUAUGACCAGUAUAAUGCCGAGCGAGAUCCUGCAAUCAAGUUAUUUAAUACAUACUUCGGUGUCGAGUGGAGCGAGCGCUUCACGAAGGAUUUCCUUUUUCCUGGAGCAACUCUAUGACAUGAUUUGUCGAUACAUUCAACCUCAGGAACCAAGUCAAGUAUCUACGGAUGGUUGCAGAAGCAACAGUCACCGCCCCGGCUGCUGGAGGCGAUCGUCCACUGCAUUGCGGUGGACGGUAACAAGGUCAGAGUUGCGGCUUAAAGUUCAAAAACAUUCCCUGUCCCUUUCUUGUCCUCGAGUGAAAACUCUACCUGGAAACUGUAGAAUUAAAUUGCUAUGCCCCGAUCAAUGGGCGUGUUUGUAAUCUGGAUGCUAUUGUACACUACCCUGUACAUAAUUGGCAGCAUUGCAUGGUCAAGUAUAAAGCUUUGUAGUCAAGAACAUUAUCACAUUGAUAAGAAAAGCCACAUGGAUUGAAGACAUUGAUUGGCGAGAGAAUAUGGGUAAUUUGUUUGAGCCAUCUGGAUAGGAUCAGAGUAUUGCAGCAACCUCGUCAAUGGCCAUAGAUGUUCUGCAUUUGGGUCUCAAACAUGUAGAAUUUUGGAUGAGAACUUGGAACCUAAACUGCCAUCUUUCGGAACUUUGUUAGUGUAAGCCUUCAUUUACCCCCAAUCUGGCGGUGGCUAAUACAGCACACCUCAGCAAUUUUAAUCAUUCAAUGCAAUUCCAAGUGCUUAGGUAA